CGCGCGCGCAUGCGCAGCUCGAGCAGGCAGCAGGCGGGUUUCCUGGGUGUGCGCAUGCGCUUCUCCUGCUCUCGCUCUCACACACUCAGUGGCCUGCUGCUGGCGCGCGCCCAGUCCUCGCUUCUGUCCGGUGUCUGCGGCGGAUUCAAUGAGCUGAGAGAGACCGCGGCACAGCGCCCCUCCCCCCGCCCCGGGACAGAGCAGCCUGCACAGCGGGAGCUGACAUCACCGUACGUCACGUGACUUCUGUCCGGUUUAUUGGCCAUGGCUACAGAGGAGAAGAAACCAGAGACAGAGGCGUCUAAAACACAAUCCACCCCAUCCUCCUCCUCAAAUCCCAGCAAGCCGUCUCCAGCAAAACCUAAUUACGCUCUAAAGUUCACGCUUGCAGGCCACACGAAGGCGGUGUCCUCGGUAAAGUUCAGCCCGAACGGGGAGUGGCUAGCCAGUUCAUCGGCUGACAAAUUAAUUAAAAUAUGGGGUGCGUACGAUGGCAAGUUUGAGAAGACCAUCUCUGGACACAAGCUGGGUAUAUCCGAUGUCGCCUGGUCCUCAGAUUCCAACCUCCUGGUCUCUGCUUCCGAUGACAAAACACUAAAGAUCUGGGAUGUCAGUUCGGGGAAAUGUUUGAAGACGCUGAAGGGUCACAGUAACUAUGUCUUCUGCUGCAACUUCAACCCACAGUCCAACCUCAUUGUGUCUGGAUCAUUUGAUGAAAGCGUCAGAAUAUGGGAUGUGAAGACUGGAAAGUGUUUGAAGACGUUGCCCGCCCACUCCGACCCUGUCUCCGCUGUACACUUCAAUCGCGAUGGUUCCCUCAUCGUGUCCAGCAGUUACGACGGGCUCUGCCGAAUUUGGGAUACAGCUUCCGGCCAGUGCUUAAAAACGCUGAUCGAUGAUGACAAUCCUCCAGUAUCGUUUGUGAAGUUUUCUCCGAAUGGCAAAUAUAUCUUAGCAGCCACGUUAGACAAUUUCCCUUUAUCUAGCACACUUAAGUUAUGGGACUACAGCAAAGGGAAGUGCCUGAAGACGUACACGUGUCACAAGAAUGAGAAGUACUGCAUAUUUGCUAAUUUUUCAGUGACUGGUGGCAAGUGGAUCGUUUCUGGAUCAGAGGACAACUUGGUUUAUAUCUGGAACCUCCAGACUAAGGAGAUUGUGCAGAAACUACAGGGACAUACAGAUGUGGUCAUUUCCACCGCCUGUCACCCGACAGAGAACAUAAUCGCCUCCGCAGCAUUAGAGAAUGACAAGACCAUUAAAUUGUGGAAGAGCGAUUGUUAAACCACCUUGGAGUCCUUUUUAUUAGACUGUACCAUCUGGAGAUUUCUCCUCUUAUUCCCCCGUCCUGGGACACAAUAUUCUCCAACAGUGUUGAAUUCCCCUGGAAUCUGCCCCAUUUACUGGGAGGGACAAAAUGACAACCUGAAGUUUUAUUUCAUUAUUGUGAAACUAGAACAAAACCCGAGAAGGAUAAUCUAGCAGCCUCAGAAUCGUGUUUUCUUUUCAUCAGCGUUUACAUGCCAAUAACUUUUCUCAACUGUUCUCUGCAAAUCGACACACACCAAAGUUUAGCCGCAUUUCUCAUCCCUCUAGCCGAGUGAGGCCUAUGGUCCAAAGAACGGUGACAUGCAGUCGGUGAGCAUAAACGUGGAGCCCGCCGCGUUCCUGUCCCCGAAAUUCCCGACACUCACAAAUUGUGUUUACUGUAAAGUAGUUCAUCGCGUUUUAAGUUUCCCUUUGGAGCCCGUCUAUGUAGUUUUAAUAGCCACUGGCCUAAAUUUGCUCACAUGUUCCAGACCUGCUUUUAGAGGUUACCAAUUGUUGUCUAAGAAUCACGAUCCUUAGACUUUCAGCGUUUUGCCGUUCUCCAUCUCUUACCCCCCACCCCAGUUACGUUUCAGAGCCGGAUAAUUUCAAACAGUUGUUUUUUUUGUGACCAAAUUAGGGUGCGGUGGAUUUUAUUUGUCUCUCCUCCUGUUGCUGGUCAUGCAGAUAGCAGAGGCCCCCGAUCACGUUCUGUAGUUAUAUAGAGGCUUAUUUUGUUCGGAAGUGUAUUGAGUAGGAGUUACCGUGGAGCAAGUACUGCCACUGGAAGCUGCGUUCCCUGCAGGAGCAAUGCCCUCACAGCGCCUUGUUCCCCAACACACGGGGUGCGGUAAGGGUACCGUGACACUACACAGGAGGGGCGAAAAUAAUUCUACCGUGUGCUAAUCUUCUGUUAUCUCUUACCUCCCCUCUUCCUCGUCUCUUCCAUUCUUCUCUCUUUUUUCUAGGUGAACUGUGGGAACGGGAGGGCGACAUGUUCAGCAUCGCAUCCCAUUGUAAAGAUUUCAGUGUAUAAAGCAACUGCUGUUUUUUUGUAUUUUGGAAAUUCAUAGUAUUGUAUUGCUUAUGGCAUGAGUCUGUAUUUACUUCAGAAGUUUUUUUUUUUUAUAUAUAUAUUUUUGUGUUUUUUUUUUUUUUUCUUUUUUUUUUCUGACAACAUACAGAACCAUAAGCUGUAAUAAAGAGGUGGGUUUUUACGUGACUAGGUACAAAUGUGAAAUUGCAUUAUUUCCCAUCCGGUUACCCCCACGCUGUCUUUGUACUCGUGUGUGCCCACUGUAAAUACUGGUCAUUACCCAUGAUUCUGUGCAGUUCCAGGUUUGCAGCGAUGGUUUCAUUUUCGUUCUGUUGGUUCCUUUGAAUGGUGUUUUUAUUAAACACUCACAUUUUGUAA